UCUCGAGCGACUCGGGCAGUAGCGAGUAUGACUAUACAGAUGACGAGAAAGAUAAUGGAGAAGAUAUGAAAUUGGACGACACAACAAAGUCUGACGCCGAGGCGCCCCAGGGCCAAUCCACAAUGGAGGAUGCGCUACAAUCACGAGAAGAAAUUAACGGAGAUGUCGAUAUCGAUAUGCCUUCGCCUAAGCCAGCAACCGAUGGCGAGUCUGACCAAGAAUCUACGCAACCCACAUUCGGCGAGCUCGCCCGCGCACACGACACCAUUGACGUCCCCGCCGCGAUAUCUACACAAUCUCCUACCCUCCCAGCCCCGGGAAGAGCCCCAGUCCCCCCUAGUCUUUCUUCCCUCGGAACUGUUCUAUCUCAAGCACUCCGCACCGAUGAUGCGGAUCUUCUAGAAUCUUGUCUUCACACCAAUGAUCUAACCACUAUUCGCAACACCAUUCAAAGACUCGACUCCACUCUUGCAGGGACACUACUUAUCAAGUUAGCCUCUAGAAUGCACAGGCGGCCGGGACGUGCUGGUAGUUUAAUGACCUGGGUACAAUGGACCUUAGUUGCACACGGAGGCGCAUUGGCAACUCAACCAGGACUAGCCAAGAAACUCGGCGAACUACAUCGAGUAUUAGAGGAACGAUCAAGAGGCCUAAAUUCCCUCUUGGCCCUGAAAGGAAAGCUUGAUCUACUUGAGGCGCAAAUGGAAUUACGCCGUGGCUUGCAACGAAAUGAAGACUCCGGUGAUGAUAACGAUGAGGAGGGCAUCGUCUACGUAGAGGGGGAGGAAAGCGAUGCAGAGUUGGCUAACGGACCUAUGGACAUGGAUGAUGACGACGAGCUGCCGGUCACCAAUGGCGUGGCUGAGGACGACUCGGAAGAGGAUGAAGAGUCGGGCGAAGAGGAUGAGGUUGACUUGGAGGGUCGAGAAGAGUUAGACGAAGAUGAUGUCAACCAUGAGGACGUUGAAUCUGACGAAGAAGACAGUGAACCCGAGGUAGCAGAGCCUCAACGUCCAGUAAAACGGUCGAGAACGAAACGAAGAUGAGUCUUCUAAGAGAUGGCUCCUAGCAGAUAAUUUCGAUCCAAUUGACACGAUACCCGUUUCUUCUGAAUAGCUGUCACACCAGGCCUACACGACCAAGUUGCAUACUCCAGUUGACAUUUAGGGUGUCUCGGAUAUCAUUCUUGAGGUUAAAUUCCACGGGAUGUGAUGGCAUUAGCGCAUUAGUACAUACGGAAUUCUAAGGGGUGAUGACAACAUUGCAGCAUGAGUGUUUCCUUGAGGCACAAUCAAUGAAGGUUUUCCUCAUAGCUCUGCCUAAAAAAUUGAAUCUGUCAAUACAGACUGGAC